CGCCAGAAGAUCUGUGCUUUGGCUAGUUCAGCAUAAAACGUUUUUCCCAAGUAGGUAUUUUUAGAAUUUUGGAUUUUCCCAAAUUGUUUUUAAGUUCAUUUAAUAUAUUAAAUAUCACCAAUGAUGUUUAAAACAAUUAUCUAACACAAUUUUAGUUUAGUCUGCGACUUUUAGGUUAUAAAACUAAGAAACUCCCUGUCCUAAAAACAUUUAUCGCUGUUCAGAAAGAUUCAAGGUCAAGACUCUCAACAUAUGAGAAACGGAAUACCCCUAAACAUAGGUAAUGUUUGGCUUGUCGUUGGGUGAACAUACAUGUUAAGAAAUCGAUGUUUACGAACAGCAAGAAAGGGAAUAGGCCUCUUAAUUGUUUAAAAACAAUUAUGCGGUAUAAAUACAGUUUUAAAAACCAUUACGGCAGCAAAUUAUAAUUAAUGCGCUGUCAGAUGCGAUUCUAAAGGCAUUGUUAGCAAAUUUCCCGCGUAAAUUCAAAAUUUACGCCCUGUUGCCACCAUAAUGGUGGCGCCCAUUUUUUGCAAAGUAGGCGAAGCGUUUGUUUGUUUUUGUGUGGUCUGAGUUCCUUAUUUUUCGGUGUUAAAACGCUUUGAAACUCACCAAAGUAUUUGGGGGUUAUACAACUGUUCUGUGAUCAUUAAAUAUAAGUAGUAAUUUUUAUCAACAAUGGAGCAAAUAAUUGUUAAAAGAGAAGCUGAAGAGGGUAAUAUUUUGAUGAAUUACUAUGUUCCAAGUACCCCUGCUACCCAAGAAAUGCCUUCAUCCUCCGGGAUAGAUAUAAAACAAGAAAUUGAAGAAGAAUUGGAUGAUGUUGACAACUCCAUGGAAUACGUUGAUUCGGUUGUAAAAGAAGAAUCGAAAUUGUUUACGGAUGAAGAGUACGAAUUUGAUGGAGCCGAGCAAGACAAACGGAAAUUCGAAGCCGAAGAUGAAGCUUUGCUUGGCAAAGGAAUAAAAAUGCCAAGGAAGAAAUUAACCAAGGAGGAAAUGUUGGAGAAAAAGAGGACAGCUGAGAGACUGAGGUACGAAAAAAUUAAAAACGACCCUCGGAAAUUGGCGGCUGCAAAGGAGAAAAGGAAGGAAAAAUAUGCAAAGUUGAGGGAGGCGGGUAAAAAAAAACUAGUCUCUGAAAUAUCCAAAACCCAUGAUAGUGAUAAAGAAAGUGUCAAUUCUGAUCAUGAAGAUGGCAUGGAAGAUUUUUCGUGGGACAUUAAGGAAGAAGUAUUGGACAUUGACUUUUCCGAUGAAGAUGAUAAAACUACCUCACUCAAUGGCGAUGAAGAAAAAGAUGAGGAUGAAGAAAUGUUCGAGACGAAAAUCGAGGUGGAAUAUCAUGGGGUCGAAUAUGAUGAAAAAAAUUCUCCUUCCUCGGAAGGAGUGGAACGCAAUCCGUCAGCGAAAACAAUUCGUGCAAGGAGAACUCACGUCUGUUCUUUUUGCGGGUCCAGUGUCACCAAUUUUUCCAGACACCUGAUACGCAACCAUUCCGAUGAGUUGAGGGUUCAGGAGGUCUUGUCGUUGGACAAAAAGUCCUCCAAGAGGAAAAAAUUGCUCGACAAGAUCCGUAGAGAGGGAGAUUUUUCGAGUUCGGAGAUUGUCCCGGUGAUGAGGAAGGAACGCGACGUAAACAGUUACAUCGUCUGCACCUUUUGCAAAGGGUAUUACAGCAAAAGGUCUUUGAGGUCGCACGCGAAACGGUGCUACUUCAAUCCCGACCCAUCUUUGCGCUUCAACGCUUUGAUUGAAGGUCAGACAUUCAUGGCGGGUCCGUUUAAUUCCCAGGACCCGCUAAAGCAGACUGGACUUUUGAGCGUGUUAAAAGCCGACGAAAUCUCCCUAAUGGCCAAAAAGGACCCGAUAAUCUGCGAGGUGGCGAGAAGGUACCUCAAAUCGCACAAAGAUAAAGAUUUCCUAUUGGUCGCGAAGAGACACAUGCGCAGACUGGCGCAACUUCUCUUAAACUUGAGGAAACUGGAAGGAAACCCCCAGCUAACCUUAAUUGACGUUUUGGCGCCCGAAAAAUUCCAAAGCCUCGUGAAGGCCACCCUGAAUAUGGCCGAAUACAACGAGGCACGCCACACCUUCAAAUCGCCGUCGCUGGCCCUGCAAAUGGGGCCUUUAAUAAAAAACGCGAUACGAACGGCGUACUCCCGUGAAGUUCGCAAAGCGCCGUCUUGCGAAGUGCGGCUGAAGAACUUGAAAUCCUUGAUGACUCUGAUCGAAAGCGACUGGACGCGUGUGAUUUCCAGCCGAGCUUGGCUAGAUAUGGCCAUAAGUAAAUUGAAUAAACUGCCAGCUGCACCCGUAGCGGAAGAUGUUGAUAAGCUUGUAGUCGAGGACGCCGCGAGCAAUAUUUCGCAAACAAAAAAUACCAAAAAGGGUUCCAAAAGAACGUUGGUGCCUUGGACGGAAGAGCAAAAAAAGUUAACAGUGGACUUUUUCAAGGACCACAUAAGAAAACGCAAGGCUCCCAAGAAACAUGAAGUGAUAAACCUGAUUGAAACCCAUCCCAGUGUUUUUCAGCAAAAAACUUGGCCGGUCAUCAAAGUGUAUGUGUGUAACAAGUUUGGAAAAAUUAAAAUUCAUGGAAUUGAAGACCAACCUAAACAAAUUGAGAUCACCAAAUCAGACGAUAUUGCGGAUACAAAAAAUACCGAAAAUGGUCCCAAACGAGUAUUGGUACAGUGGAGUGAGGAGCAGAAAAAAUUAACGGACGACUUUCUCAAGGUCCACAUAAAAGAACCUAACCAACCCAACAUUGAUGAAACCCUGGUAACAUUUGGAAAAGUUGUGGGAACAUCUCCUGUUAAAACAGGGGAAAUAAAAAACUUAAGGACAAAAAAAUCGGGGUGUCCUUAUUGUAAACAAGACGUCUCACACUUUCCACGGCACUUAAGGCGCAAACACAGUGAGGUAGGUGCCAUUAAGGAGUUGUUUGCUAUGCCCCCCAACGAUCCAAAGCGAAAACGCAUUUUGAACGCCUUGCGUCGAGAAGGAAACUUUACAACCACCGCAAAUACAAAUUAUAUUCGUCCGAUUAGAAGGCCUAACUUUGUUCCGGAAGAUUUAAAACAAUUAAAGGAAGACUACGUGGCUUGUAAAGAUUGUCUGGGGUACUACAAAAGAAAUAACUUUUGGCGCCAUCGCAGGAAAUGUGGUUCGGAGUUACCGAAACGAGAGCGACAUCUAUCGACAGCGCAGCUGUUUUUAAUCUGCUCCGCCGGAGUACACAGCGACUUCUACGCCACCUUACGGCUGACAAAUGAAGUGUUCCCCAUAAUGCGAAACGAUGCGAUUUCCGGUCGCGCAAUGAACGACAUUCUGGUUUGUUGCUACGCGGAAGAAUUAUUGAAAAAGCAUAAAGGAGCGCACAUAAAAAAUUCCGUAUCGAACAAGAUGCGGGAGCUGGGGCGUUUGUUGUUGUGCUUGGAAGAUAUGACGGGGCUUCAAAAACUGUUCGAUUUUUUGAAGCCGCAAUUUUUCAGCACUUUUGUCGAUGCCACGAAGGUUAUUAGUGGCUACGACCCCGAAUCGGGUUCCUUUAAGACAUUCAGUUUACCUCUGCACAUGGGGACUUCCCUCAAGCAAGUUUGCGAUGUUGCCACUACAAUGGUGAUGGAAAAAAGCCCCCUCUUUUCCUGCGCAAACCACGAAGAGACUCUGAAUGAAAUUAAAUCAUUGGAAAAAUUGAUAAAGACCAGUUGGAAUUGCGAAAUUUCCAGUCUGACAUCGACAAAUAUUAACAAAACAAAACUCGCAGAAGAUGUGAUGAAAUUUCGAAAAUUAUCAGACCCAGAAAGUCCACAUGACGACGGAAUGGAAGAAGUAAUAGACUCAACAAUAGGCCAAAAUAAUGAAAAUAAUAAUGAUGUUAUGGAUGAAGUGCCACCACAGAGAAACGAAAAUUUAAUCGUUAAGACAAAAACCAAUCAUAGUAAUCAUUUGCACGUUGAUGUUGACAAAAAGAGCACAACAAGACUGAGAUGGACAGAGCAGCAAAAAAAACUUAUAAAAAGUCAUUUCAAGAACCAUAUCAAAUAUAAAAUAGCACCCAGAAAAAAAGAAACAGAAGAGUUUAUAGCACAAUUUAAAGACAUAUUUAAAGACAGAAACUGGGUGAUUGUGAAAGCCUAUGUUUAUAAUUGUUACAAAUAAUUGGUACAAAAUUAUGUUUUUGUUUAUUUAUUGUUAAUAAAUAUUCAUUUAUUUAGACAACAA